AUGGCACAAGUGGGAGGCUGGGGUGAACAUGACACAGAAGACAUGUCCGCCCUCACAGGAAAAGUCAAGAUACAUGACGUGUGGGGCCUGUGUGGUUCAGACGUGUGGGGCCCCUGUGUAGUUCAGACGUGUGGGGCCCUGUGUAGUAAAGACGUGUGGGCCCUGUGUAGUUCAGACGUGUGGGGCCCUGUGUGGUUCAGACGUGUGGGGCCCUGUGUAGUUCAGACGUGUGGGGCCCUGUGUAGUUCAGACGUGUGGGGCCUGUGUGAAUUCAGACGUGGGGACCUGUGUAGUUCAGACGUGUGGGGCCUAUGUAGUUCAGACGUGUGGGGGCCCUGUGUAGUUCAGACGUGUGGGGGCCCUGUGUGGUUCAGACGUGUGGGAGCCUGUGUAGUUCAGACGUGUGGGGGCCCGUGUAGUUCAGACGUGUGGGGCCCUAUGGUUCAGACGUGUGGGGGCCCUGUGUAG